AGACCACUAGAUGUCGCUAUACGACUCAUAGUCCAUUGAUAGCAAGCUAACACGCUACUGAAUUUCAAAUCUUGAAUGUUUUCACAUUUUCAAACGAAAUGUGUGGAGGAGGUGUAGCUAGAAGGGUCUUUUUCCUCAGCCGAACCAGCUCAACUAACGUUAGCUUUCAGAAUGAGUUCCUUUCCUGGUCGAAUGAGGGAGUAUCCGACCAUUUCUAUUGACCGUUUUGACAAGGAAAAUUUACACGCCAGGGCUUAUUUUCUGUCUCACUGUCAUAAAGAUCAUAUGAAAGGACUAAAAGGACCUUUACUGAAAAGGAAACUGAAGUUUUGUUUAACUGUCAAGUUAUACUGCUCGUUUGUCACCAAGGAACUUCUACUGAGCAAUCGAAAAUAUGGCUUUUGGGAAGACCACAUUGUUGCUCUUGAAUUGGACAGUCCAACACACAUCUCACUGAUUGAUGAAGUCACAGGGGAGUCAGAAGAUGUUGUUGUUACUUUACUGUCAGCAGGACACUGCCCUGGGUCCGUCAUGUUUCUCUUUGAGGGAGCUCGGGGCACUGUGCUGUACACUGGAGAUUUCCGAUUGGCCACCGGAGAUGCAGCAAGGAUGGAACAUCUGCAUUCUGGGCACAGAGUAAAAGACAUUCAGAGUAUGUAUUUGGAUACCACAUUCUAUGACACCAGGUUCUACCAGAUCCCUAGCCGGGAGGCUUGCUUGAUGGGUAUAAGGGGGCUGGUUCAAGAAUGGAUUUGUCUGAGCCCAUAUCACGUAGUUUGGUUGAACUGCAAAGCGGCAUAUGGUUACGAAUACCUCUUCACUAACUUGGCACAGGAGUUCACCUCUCAGGUCCAUGUAAAUAGUCUGGACAUGUUUCAGAAAAUGCCAGAGAUCCUGUGUCAUGUGACCACUGACAGGUCAACACAGAUACAUGCGUGCAGGCAUCCUAAGGAUGAGGAGCUGUUCAGGACCAACAGGCUGCCGUGUGGCUCCACAGCGCCGGAUGGCACACCGCUGCGCAUUAUAAGCAUCAAACCCUCCACUAUGUGGUUCGGGGAGCGGAGCAGGAAGACCAACGUCAUUGUCAGGAUGGGUGGGAGUUCCUACAGGGCAUGUUUCUCUUUUCACUCCUCUUACUCAGAGAUCAAAGAUUUUCUCUCCUACAUCCGUCCUGUGAAUAUUUACCCUAAUGUGGUUCCACUGGGCCGAACAGUAGAGGAAAUCACUGAGCUCUUGAGGCCAAUGUGCAGAAAACCCUCUGAAAGGAAUGAGGUUGUCUAUAAGCCUCUCGGGACCCUGAAAAGAGCUAGAACAAAGUACACCUUGCAAGGCUCAGACAGUGAUGAUGAGUUGUUUGAGGAAGUUACCAUGGCACCUAGGAGAAAGAAACUUGCCGUGAAAGAGGUGAAAGAGAGUUAUAGCCCAGAAAAACCAGCACCUGAUGACAGCCAAGUGCAUAUGUGUCCAGAGAUCGAGCCCAUAGUCCAGACAUCCAACUACAUGGAUUGCACAGAGUCCAAUGACGAUGACGACGAUGACGAUAAUGAGGAACUUUUAAAUCCCAAGUCUGACCAACUCCAUGCAUGUCAUGCAACUAGUGAUACCCAACCUAGUCCAUCAGAUGUACCCUAUUCAGAAGUACCUCUGCCCCAGUCUGUUUCAAACCCACCCUCCCUGAAGCAGCCUCCACCCUGCUGGGCUACGUUCUUCACAGCAGAGCCGGUUCUGACUGAUGACAGCUGCGAGUUGGACAACAGUCAGACCAGCCGGACUUUGUCCACUGAACGCGUGACCUCACAGUCGCCCGAGCUCUUUGGUGAUGAUGAGUCAGACUCAGUUCUCAUCAUUUCAUCUCAGUCUACCCAUAUAUCAGAUACAGGCCCGGAUAGCCCCAGCGAACUUGACACAGUGCCUGUGCAAUCAGAGCCCAACAAGGCCCCAGAACCUAGCAAUCAGUGUAACAGGCAGACAGCCAGUACAUCAGAGAAUGGUUCUCACUGGCCAGCUGAGACAGACUUGGGUGUGAUUGACACUUCCAAGAGCCAAUUAGAAGGAGUGGAAUGUGCGGCGAUGAUGUCUGACUCUCAGGUGUCCUCUGAUUUUGAUCUCCCCCAGACUCCAGGCUCCAAGGCUCCGCCUGCUGAGGAGCUGAAGGAGCUGUACAGGAAGUUGGCAGCUGGAGAGGAAGUGAUCAAUAGAUGUGAGCCUACAGGGUUCUGUCUAACCAGAGACCCAAGGGCUGAACUUCUGAACUUGCCAACCUUACAAAUGAAAUUAGAGUCCUCAUGCAAAGAAAUGGGCAACCACUCAUAGAAACUGGCAUUUCUUUUUUUCCCCCCAAUGAUGCUCCCAAACAGAAUAUUUGCUGAGCAAUUUUCUGAAGAUACUUGCAAUUGCAAAAUACAAUUCAAGCUUCCAUUAAGGCAUUCUUAUUCCAAACAGUGCUUUAAGUGUCUAGUUCUUUUGUCCUUUUUUUAAAUGGGGAUUUUUAAAAUAAAACAAAUGAUGGCAAAUGAAUGGAAGACCAAUCAGGCUCAUCACAUCUGAUGUAAAUUAAUCAACAAAAUGACUGGGAUCAUUCCAGAGCCUUAUAGUGCAGAGAA